AUGGCUGACCGCGCUCCAUCUGAUUCCGAGCCCCAGACUUGUCCUUCCAAAUGGGCCUCGGCAAAACAGACUCUCUACUUUACGACAGCUGCUGGCGGCUCCGUCGAUUUCCUGGAAUAUGCUGAUCAGAAAGAACAAUCUCCCAGCUCUCCCAGUCCCGUAGCCCAACCUGAACACCCCUCAUUAUCUGACUAUCAACUGACCAAAAGGCUUGGACAAGGCGCUUGGGGAGACGUUUACGUCGCCCGUCGUCGAAUUGAUAACCACCCCUGUGCCAUGAAAGUCAUGUCUAAACGGAACUGCGCCAUCUCUACUGUCUAUGAUACCUUGAAAAAAGAAGCUCACCUCUUGGCAUCCCUUGAUCACCCGUUCAUUGUCAAAAUUGAAUCCGCCUUCCAAAACCAAGAUUUCUUGUUCAUUGGACUUGAGCUCGCUGUUGGUGGCACUUUUCAGGAUUUACUGGAGCAGUUUGCACCCAUGGAACCUGGCAUUGCCAAGGGCUACGUAUGCCAGAUCAUCUUAGCACUUGACUAUCUCCAUGAAAACAACAUAAUUCAUGGCGAUUUGAAGCCAGAAAACCUACUCGUAUCAGCCAACGGAUACUUGAAACUGGCUGAUUUUGGGCUAGCCCGCAGACUCACCGAUCACACACCCCCAAACCUAAUCUUUGGCACCGUGUACUACAUGGCUCCUGAGAUGAUUGACGGUAGCUUUUUUGGUCCUUCGAUCGACUGGUGGGCUCUGGGAAUUAUCUUGUACCAAUCCCUAUUUGGGCGUUUUCCCUUUGAUUUGCAGAGGCUACCUAACUCAAACCACAGGUUUUCUAGAGGGGAGUACAGAAUACCUUACCCCGUCUCUUUCCCUUGCCUAUCAUUCUUGAAGAGAUUGUUAUCGAAUUCUCCCAACCGGAGGUUACUCAACAGAGCGUCCAUUGCCGAUGAGUAUGUCUACUUCCUCGGCAUCCGCUGGGAUAAGGUCUUGGCCCAAGCUUACGAGACACCCUUCAAACCUGAAGACGCUCACAUACUUUUGGCUGAAACUCAAAAAGAUUAUUCUCCUAGGUACGUCAGCCAAGUUAACGGUAAGCGUACAGAUCAAUUCCCUGGUCUCUUUGACGACUUCCAUUACGUGGCCCCUGGUGCCCCUUGCAUGCGAUCCUUGCUAGUCUCCCCCGUGGCAGUUAGAAGCCCCCAGUUUUCUGAAUUGAUCCAACCACAUCAUUUUUCAACGAAAGGGGCACCUGCCGCUACCUUUCAGUUUCCCAACCCCGACUUGAAGGACGCCGUGAUUAUCAUGAAUACACAUGACAUGCAAAGUCCGUCUUGA